AUGAGCUUGGAGGAGAAGGAGGGUGGUGUCCCGAGAAGCGAGAGACUAAUGGAUGCUUUUCGAACGACAAUGGAUGAUUGUGGGAUGAAAGACUUGGGGUUUAUGGGGAGUAUUUUCAUGUGGAAGAGGGGAACAUCGAUACGGACUUUUAAAAGGGAGAGGCUAGAUAGAUUCAUGGCGGACAAUGAAUGGUGUAAUUCCUUCUCGUACUAUAAUGUGAGGCACUACCCUAUCUAUCGAUCCGAUCAUGCCCCCAUCCUUUUGAUUGCAAGUAACUAUUAUGAACUUGGAGACUAUGAUAUGCUCUUUAAAUUUGAGGCUAUGUGGCUAUCAUCUGAGGAGUGUGGGAAGGUUGUGGAGGAGGCUUGGGCGGGCUGUGUUGGACAGCAAACUACUCAACUAGGGAUGGCAAUGGGUAGGGUCUGGCUUGAUGACCUUCACCGCUUGGAAGAAUCUUAUUGGCACGCACGAGCUAGAGCUAAUGAAAUGAAGGAUGGUGAUAAGAACACCUCAUACUUUCACAGGAAAGCUAGCAACAAGAAGCAUGUAAAUGGUAUUAAAGGACUCUUUGAUGAAGCUGGCGUAUGGAAGGUGGGGAAGGGUGACCUGGAGGGAAUUGUUACUGACUACUUUCAAAAUCUCUUUACAACGGAAAAUGCAAGUGGUUUUUUGCAAGCUCUCGAGGGAAUUGAAAGGGUAGUGUUGACUGAAAUGAAUACAGAGUAA